AUGAGGUGUUUUCUUGGGAGUUAUCAAUUCAUCUCAUUCCUCUUUUUUUACUUGUAUUCUCAAGCUUACAUUUCGUCUUGUUUUACUUCUUCAAAGCAAAGGCCAUCAUGGUCUCACAAUGAGGGUCAGGCUUUGCUUCUCUUCAAGCAGACCCUCUUUAUUGAUCAUACUGCUUCGUUACUUUGCAAUUCAAAUUAUGGCAGUCCUACGUAUUCUUUUCCUAAGACAGACUCAUGGAAGGAAGAUUCAGAUUUCUGUUUAUGGGAUGAAGUCACUUGCGAUGGCGUUACAGGUCAUGUGAUUGGCCUUGAUCUUAGUUGCAGUUGGCUUUAUGGUACCAUUCCUUCCAACAGCACUCUUUUCCUCCUUCAACACUUGAAGAGGCUCAAUCUCGCAUUUAACAAUUUCGGGCAAUCCAAGAUUUCAGCUAGGUUUGGUCAGUUCCCAAAUUUAACACAUCUUAACCUCUCUACUUCAUUUUUUUCAGGCCAAGUUCCAUCCGAAAUCUCACAUCUUUCCAAGCUAGUUUCACUUGAUCUGUCUAGGUUCAGUCUGCCUGGUGUCGGUGAACAAGAGCCGUUUCAUGCACUGAAGCUUGAAACAACAACUCUGAAAAGGUUAGCUAAGAACUUUAGCGAGGUAAAAGAACUUUUCCUUCCUGGAAUAGACAUGUGUUCAGUUGACCCUGUUCACUUAGUGAACCUUUCUUCCUCUUUGACAUCUCUUAGUCUGGAUGAUUGUGGAUUAAAUGGGACAAUUUCGGACAUAAUUUUUCAAUUUCCAAAUCUGAAGUUGCUCAAAUUAGGUAACAACCCUGAUCUUCUGGUUUAUCUUCCAAAGUCCAAUGGGACUAAUACCCUUGAAGUCUUAGGCUUAAACAGACUAUUCUUGUUGGAGAAUUGUCUGAUUCAAUCAGGGGGUCAUAUUCCAAGCUCAAUCUUUCAACUUGUAAACCUCACCGUGCUUGAUCUAUCAUUAAAUAACUUUAGUGGCAUUGUUGAGUUAGACAUGUUUUCCCAGCUCCAAAAUCUUGAAUCACUCGAUCUUUCUCUUAAUAGUCUGUCAUUGAGCUCAGAGAAUCAUGUCGACUACACAUGGACCAAACUCCAGUCCUUGUCAUUGUCGUCUUGUAACUUGAGUGAAUUCCCCAAUUUCUUGAGAGGUUCAAAAGCGUUGAAGUUUUUAGACCUUUCCAAAAAUAGAAUUCAAGGCAAGAUUCCCAAAUGGAUGUGGAAUGUGGGGAAGGAAUCUUUGUUACAUUUAUACCUUGAUCAUAAUUUUCUAACAGGUCAUUUGCAAUUAACAUGGAGGAAUGCUGUAAUUCUCUACCUCCAAUCUAACCUGUUUCAAGGAGUGCUUCCAAUUCCACCCGUUCAGAUAUCUUUCUUUUCCAUCGCGAACAAUUACAUGACGGGGGAGAUUCCUUCUUUCAUUUGCAUGCAGAAGUUCUUCAAAAUAUGUGGAAGGAAGUCGUCAUAUGAUUAUUCGGUAGUUCUGACAAUAAAAGGACAAGAGGUUGAAUUGGUGAAAGUUUUAACCAUAUUCACAAGCAUUGAUCUCUCCAAUAACUACUUCCAGGGCGUGAUUCCAGAAGUUAUAGGAAAGCUUAAUUCACUCAUAGUGUUUAAUCUUUCUCAUAACAACUUCUUUGGUCAUAUUCCACCAUCCAUUGGAAACUUGACCAAUCUUGAAUGGUUAGAUUUCUCAUUGAACAAGCUUAUUGGCAAGAUACCUCGGGAAUUGGUAGAUUUGACAUUUCUAAUUUAG